AUGCCUCCACCCUCGCGGCGACGCGGUGCAAGGGAUGGAGGAGACGACCCGUCCUCCCCGCGUGCUGACGGCGGUGCGGCGGGCAAGCGCGCACAGGCGCACAGUGCGGCGCACCACCCGCACCGAGGGAAGUCUGCGCCGGCAAACCUGGCGUGGAACGCGGCGGUUCUUGCGCUGGUGCUGGCUGCGGGAUGCGCGGCGGCGGUGAUCGUCGUGCUGACGUGGGGCGACGCGCUCUUCGGCUCCUCCGAGAAGCAGCGCCACCUCACGCCGCUCAACGCGCCGCGCGUGGCGGAUCUCCCCAUGUUCAAGGGCGGGUAUGCGGAGGAGAUGCUGUGGGGAACGUACCGCCCCCAACUCUACCUCGGCAUUCGCCCUCGCCUGCCCCAGUCGGUGGUGGCGGGCAUGAUGUGGUGGGCGCCGAGGCAGGACGACUUUGUGAUCCGGCACACGUGUGAGCAGCACGACCCCGUGCUGCUCUCCUACUCCUGGCACCGCCACGACGGCCGCCGCUACGCCCGCCAGGAGGUGAAGGACGGCCCAUUCGACCUGGGCAUGGGGUUCCUCAAGUCCUUCAACGGCAGCACGGGGUACGGGGGUGACUGGGCCGUGCGUGUGGCCGUGGACCUCAACCGUCAGAGGGUGGGCGGCGCAGUCAACGCCCAGUCAAUGCCCUUCACGUUCUUCUUCUACGUGGCGGACGAGGCGGGCGCCCCGCUGCUGGCGCUGCCCUCGCCCGUCGAGGUGGCCCGCCUCGUGCUGCACCCCGCCACUGCUGCCGCUGGGGGGGGCGCAGGAGAGGGCGCGAGUGGCAGUGCGGGGCGAGCGGGGGCGGAGAGUGACGAGGAGUGGGUGCGAGGGGGUUUUGAUGACGAGGAGGACGAUGAGGAGGACGAGGAUGAGGAGGAGGACGAGGAGGGGGUGGGGGUGGGGAGGAGAAGGUUGAGGAGUGUGGAGGGCAGUGGCAUGAGAAGGGGUGGGGCGGGACGAAGGGUUGAGAGAGGGGGAAGGAAGGGGAGGAGGCUGAUGGGUGAGGGGGCUGGGGAGGAGCAGACGGAGGGGAGUGGGGGGCAGCGGGCAGCAGUGGUGGCGGGGGGGGUGUCGGAUGUGUUUGGGCGGUGGGAGCUGCAUGCCGUCACACAGGUAUGCCACCUGUGCGCGCCGGGCAGCGUGUGUGUUGCACUCACGCUUCACACUGCUGUUUCUCAAUCCAAACCUCUUCCCUCCACCCCCACGCCCUUCUCCCUCGCCCGCAAGCAGCAGGCGGAGGGGCCGGGGGCAACGUUUGAGGCGGUCCACACACGGCACAUGCACAACCUGUCAGACACUGUCAAGGCCGCCCUCAUCCGCCACUACCAAGCCACGCAGCAGCCAACACUGGGCAACAAGGCACAGCGGGGCGCCAAUGUGGCAAUCAUCCAGCUGACAGUGUGGCUGCCAGCAGUGGUGGACUUUGUCUUCCUCUCUGGCCUCCCUGCUGCCUCCUCUGCGCAAUCGCCCUCACAAGAAGCCGCCAGACGCCUCAACCUGCUCUCAGGCCCAUCCUUGGCGCGGCGCUUGGGGGAGGCAGACGCGGCAGUGGAGCGCCGCAUGGAAGCUUCCUUUCCAGUGGCCCCCGAGCUGGCAGAGAGGAUCCCCGGGGUGGGCGACGCGGUGAAGGCAGCGCUGAGCAACCUCAUCGGCGGGAUGGGGUACUUCCAUGGCCGCUCCCGCAUCGCCAUUCCCCCCCACCUCAAGGACGCCAGCGACCCAGCGGGCUACUGGCAGAACUGGGCGGCGGCACUGUUCACGGCCACGCCCAGCCGCCCCAUGUUCCCGCGGGGCUUCCUCUGGGACGAGGGCUUCCAUCAGCUCGUGCUCAGGCGGUGGGACGAGCGCAUGGCGAUGGACGCGGUGGGGCACUGGCUGGAUCUGCUCAACGCGGAUGGCUGGAUCCCCCGCGAGCAGAUCCUGGGGGAUGAGGCACGCAGCAAGGUACCGGAGGAGUUCAUACAGCAGCAUGUGACCAACGGCAACCCGCCCACGCUCUUCCUGCCUCUCACUGAGAUUGCUGAUCUGGCAGCUCGCAGUGCUGCCACGUGUCAGCAGCUGCCGAACGGGUCGUUUGUGCUGAAGGAGGGGGUGGGAGAGGGAAUGGGGGCAGGAGGCGGGGAGGCGGAGGGUUGUGAGCGGCUGUCGUUCCUGCGAGCGUGCCUGCCGCGCCUCAAGGCAUGGUUCCGCUGGUUCAACUCCUCCCAGGCCGGGAAGCUGCCUGGAAGCUACUACUGGCGAGGGCGGGAUGCCAGCACAGUGCGCGAGCUCAACCCCAAGACGUUGCAGUCGGGGCUGGACGACUACCCGCGCGCCUCGCACCCGUCGGAGGACGAGCGCCACGUGGACCUGCGCUGCUGGCUCGCCACCGCUGCUGCUGCCAUCGCCAAGAUCGGCAGCGUGGUCGGGGAGGACGUGCAGGAGUACGAGGCCACGGCCCAGCACCUCACGGACUUCACGCGCCUCAAUGAGCUGCACUGGGAUGGCAGGAGGCAGCGCUACGCUGAUUAUGGCAACCACACCGACAAGGUGCGGUUGGAGGCGGUGGAGAUGGUGGACCCCGUCACGCACAGCGUGCGGCGAGAGCAGCGCCGCGUGGUCAAGGGCACUCCCACACUGCGAUUCGUGCCACACUUCGGAUACGUCUCGCUCUUCCCGCUGCUGCUGCACUUGAUUCCACCUCAUGCGAGCGAGUUGGGGCAGCAGCUGGAGGCGCUGCGCGAGGAGAAGCUUCUCUGGACGCCCUUCGGCCUGCGCUCUCUCGCCACCACCAGCGCGCUGUACAUGCGGCGCAACACGGAGCACGACCCACCGUACUGGCGGGGGCCCGUGUGGAUCAACGUCAACUACCUCGCACUCUCCGCCCUGCGCUUCUACUCCACUCAGGCAGGCCCACACAGGGGCAGGGCAGCAGAGCUGUAUGGGGAGCUGCGCUUCAACCUUGUCAGGAACAUAGUGGCACGGUACCAAGAGAGUGGGUAUUUCUGGGAGCAGUACGACAACACAGCGGAUGGCAAAGGGAAGGGAGCACAUCCAUUCACCGGAUGGACUGCCCUGCUCGUCCUCAUUGCAUCCGAUGCUUUAUGA